AUGUCAAUGAAAUAUUAUAAAAUAUUAGAGAAAAUCGGCGAGGGAGCAUUUUCCGAUGUCUACCGGGUGCGUGAUCGUGUGCUGGGCACGUACUUUGCUGCGAAGAAGCUUCGCGAAGAAUGCGACAAUAUCGACGACCCGCUGCUGUGCUCGGAGGUGAAUCUGAUCAAGCAAGUCCCAAGCCAUCCGAAUCUUCUGACCAUCGUGGACGUUAUGCACUAUGGCAAUCGGCUCACGUUGAUCAUGGAACUGAUGGACAUGAGUCUGCACGAUUUCAUUCGGACUCGAAAACGAGCGCUGUCGGAAAAUCGGGCACGUCGUUUCAUUUUCCAGAUCAUCAGCGGCCUGGAUCAUCUGCACCGGCACGGCAUAUUCCAUCGGGACAUUAAACCGGAGAAUAUUCUAAUUAAACUGGCCCAAGGGGUGGAGAAAAAGGAACUGGUGCAGCUGGGUGACUUCGGGACGAUCUGUCGGAUUGACGAACAAUCACCACGCGCGGCCUACAUCGCCACCCGCUGGUACCGGGCACCGGAGUGCCUUCUGACGAUGGGUUACUAUGGGCCGAAGAUGGACGUUUGGGCGGUCGGGUGCUGCUUCUACGAGAUGAUCACCCGCCAACCGCUCUUCCCGGGCGGGAACGAGGUGCACAUGCUCGAUCUGAUCCACGGUCUGCUCGGGACACCGUCGAAAGCCUUGCUGGAAAAGUUUAAGCACCUCAACGUUGGAAAGCUCGAAUUUCGCAAGCACUGCCCAGAGGAUUUCCGGCUCCUGUUGCCACUGCUCAGCGCGUACGGAUUGGAUAUGCUGAAGAAAACCUUGGCCUACCAUCCGGAUCAACGAAUCAGUGCCGCCCGAUUGAUGAAGCACGUUUACUUCGAAGAUGUCACAAAGCACAAGAAGUUGUCCAAAUUUUCCUUAAGUUUCCAAUGCCUAGACAAAGGCUUCAGGCAGUCGGAAUCGGUUUCCGAGCUGGGCGUGAUGAAGGGAUUGAAAGAUAAUCCAAAACUGUCCACGUGGAGUAGAGAUAGUAUCGCUUCCGCACACAUCGUUCACUACUUCCCCAAUGAAGGACAGUCGGCACGAAACCGUACCCUGGAGCGACUCUGGGACAUGAACAACACGGUAGAGAAGAGGAAUCUAUGCAAACAGAUACAUUCCCAAAGAAACCGCCCAUAA